AUGACGAGCGAUCAAGACAAGGUGGUUGAUGUGGCUGAGGUGGGCGAUGGUAGUGGCGGCGAUGACGGAGAAUGGGAGGACAUCCUGGGCACAGGCGCCCUGCUGAAGAAGGUGUUGGCUGCCGGCGAUGCCGAUGGGGUGCGGCCCAUGCGCGGAUGCAUUGCGGAUAUCACGGUGUCUUGUACCGUGAAUGACAAGAACCUCAUGGAAGAGGAGCGCACGCAGUUCCAGAUUGGCGAAGGAGAACGACACACAGCCUGGGACAUUGCAGUGCCAUUGAUGGUCAAGGGCGAGCAUGCACUCAUCAAGACGGAGAAACGCUUUGUCAGCUUUGACAAGGAAGACUUGGGCGAUGAGCCGGAGAUUGUGUUUGAUAUCCAACUGCAUUCCUUCGAGGAGACAACCCCAGAUGAUCUCAUGACCACUGAGCAGCGCAUCGAGUUUGCGUGA